AUGCUCACCACUGGUGUUUGUAUCCGCCCCUCCACCCACCAGGCACAAGAAGACCUGGCUCGGUUCCUGGACUACUUUGUCCACCACAACGAGCUGGGCUAUGACAUGUCUGAGACCAAAUGGAUUGUCUUCGGAGGCUCCUACGCCGGUGCUAUGGCUGCCUGGAUGAAGGAGAAGUACCCCUUCCUCAUCUCCGGGUCUGUAUCCUCGAGUGGACCGGUUCAGGCCCAACUCAACUUCCCUGAGUACAUGGACGUAGUCACCACCUCCAUGCGUAACCUGGGCGGAGACGAGUGCAUCGCCGCACUCGAGGACGCGUUAAAGACAGUGCAUGACCAGAGUCAGACCAGUCAGGGGUGGGAGUGGCUGGGGGCCAAGUUCAACACCUGCACCCCGAUCCGCGAUGAAAAGGACCUGUCCGUGUUCCAGAGCUCGCUGACGGGACAGUUCUCGAACAGCGUGCAGUACAACCACCAGAUCAACAAGAUCCCCGCCGAGGAUCUAUGUUCACAAAUGACCACCAACACCUCAGCCAUUGACCAGUUGGUUCAGAUCAUACACAUCAGCACCAAGGGCAAGUGCGUGGAUGCCUCCUGGAAAGACUCCAUCGAUGUGCUUAAGGAAGAGGCCUUCGAUGGACAGGCGGCAGCCAGACAGUGGCAGUAUCAGACAUGCAACGAGUUCGGCUACUUCCAGUCGACUGAGGGUGUGCAAGCAGACAAUCCCUUCCGCUGGCUCCAGGCCAUGACCCUAGACCUCAGCGGCCCAGCUGUUUGCAGAGAGGUCUUCGGCAUCGCCGGUCCAAACAUUGACGAAACAAACCGCUACUACGGUGGUAAAGAUGUCAUCACAGCCAAUGUGACCUACGUCAACGCGAAGAUCGAUCCGUGGCACAUCUUGGGUGUGAUUGAGUCCACCUCUGCGCUGGAUGGGCAGGAGGGCAACGAGGUGCUUCUGCUGGAGGGAGGCUCGCACUGUGCCGAUAUGCGCAUCAUUCCCAAAUACGACACAGAUGAGCUGAAGAAUGUGCGCGAACGCAUUGCCGCUAACGUACACAAAUACCUACACUAGACAAUUCAUCAAUCAGUCAGGAAGACACUAGACAAUUAAUUAAUUAGUCAGGGAGCGAAAUUGCCGUACAGAUGUGUAUAUAAUGUACUCAAAUAUCGUACACAUGUACACAAAUAUCGUACAUAUACGUGUCGACAAUUCGUCAGGCGUCAGAAUUGUCGCACCAAUAGGCACAAACACCGCACACAGGCCUUGAACAGGAGUGCGCACUCAUGUACCUGCACAAGAGUAUCGCACAGAAGUAUACUCAAGUACAUGCACAGAAGUAUACGCAUGUACAUGCACAGAAGUAUACGCAUGUACAUGUAUAGAAGUAUACUCAUGUACAUGUACAGAAGUAUACUCAUGUACAUGUACAGAAGCAUACUCAUGUAUAUGUACAGAAGUAUACUCAUGUACAUGUACAGAAGACGUUAAGUCCAACAAAGCAAGAUGCCGUACGGAUGUACGGCGUGUUCGGAGAUAGAGUAGACAACUGGGUGUGCCAGUGUCUCUGCGGGGGCAUACAACUCUACAGCGAUGCGACUACGCACUCUACGGGUACGUACGUUCACGGGAGUCUAAAGUGUACCGGUGACACGAGGUGAUUCAUUUAAAAAGCACGUAAUAUUGAUCGCUAAUAAAUAACAGUAAAUAGGCAGGGGUGUGUGCACACGCUUCUCAAUAGUA